CCAGCGGUGGCACGCAUCGAGCGCCAAGGGGGCCGCCCCAGCCUGGCCAAAACCGCGCCGCUUCUGCCAUGGGCCAUGGUUUUGAGUGGCAAGGGCAGGCGCCGCAGGGAGCUGCGGGAGUCGCUCGCUGCGCAGAGGGAUGCCAUCUUAGAUAGGAGGCAGGCGCCCAUCCUGGUGGGGUUCGACUUCGACUGCACGCUGACUGUAAGGCACUUCUACAAGGCCUUCGCGUGGGGGUACGCUCAGGGAGCAGAGUCCAUGCAUCCGCACUGCCAGGCAUUCUUCGACUACUGCCGUGAAAACGACAUCGUGCCCAGGAUGAAGGGCCAGCCUGACGGGCACGAGGACCUGAUGGUCCAGGCUGUCGAGGACUUCUGCAGGCAAACGGGCGAGGAGGCCUUCCGCGAGGCU